ACCUGGUUCCCAAUGCAGAACCGCUGGUUCUCUAAUGGUCGUGCUUCCGCCCUGAAUCAUCCGCCUCUCACCACUGGUGAUAGUCUCCUUCUCCCUCUCCUUGUCCCUCCAGACCCUCCUGAUCCUUCAGCCACCUUUCCACUUUCCCAUUUCCCACCUUUAACCUCACCGACAAACCAGAGAUCUUUCUUCCCAUGUACUGCUCCACUUAAGGUGCAUGUGGGUACGGCUUCUGGCCAGAUUCUUCCUGCUACUGAAACUACUGAUGUCGAGAUGGCACAGUCUGAUGCUCCCUCUCCAGUAGCUGCAGUAUCUAGAUCUCUAACAACUAGAUCUGAAACUACUGUUCUAGUAAAAUUUACUGCUACCGAAACUACUGAUGUCGAGAUGGCACAUUUGGAAACUACCUCCGUAGAAGUUACAGAAUCAAGCUCUCCAAAAGCUAGAUCUGAAACUACAGUUCCAGAAAUUUUUUCUGUUCUGAAACCGAAAUCUUCUUCUCCUCUUAAGCCGAACAAAGCUCUUAACACAACUUCUUCUCCGACUGUGGCUACUAAUGUUUAUGUGCCCAAAACUGCUCAACAACCUAGUGCUCCCAUUGUCAAACAAACUGCCAGCGCCCCAGUCGUCAAUCAAACUACCGACGCUCCUUCUCUGGCUGAAAGAAUUAGGAUGUUUGAAGAUAGAUCCUUGAAACGGCUUGCUCCAAUAUCUUUCUCAGACACAGGUAGGCCCAGGAUUAUCAUCCCUGAUGAGGUCUUCAAGCGGGGAGAGAAACUGCAUAAAGACUUUAUUGUGUGCUACUUUAAUGGCAGACCACCUUCCUACAAUCAUAUUCAAAGUGUCCUCAACCAUAUGUGGGGAAAAGGAAACAAACUAGAGAUUCACAACAACCCCCUAAACAGAACUAUGCUUGUUCGGAUACAAAGUGAAUACCUGCGGACAAAGAUUCUAGAGAAAGUUCGUUGGCAUGUUGGAGACUCUAUGUUCGAAGUGGCUCAGUGGACUUCUUCCUAUUCGUCUACUGCUCCUCCCCCUGAUCUAACCAUUUCUCAUGUGAAAGUUAAAGUUAACAUUACCAAGGAGCUUCCUCGAGUUGUAGAGUUUGAACGGCAAAGUGGUGAAGUAGCUGAAGUCCUUGUGGAUUAUCAUUGGCUCCCUCCUUCUUGUUCUCAUUGCAAAGAGUUGGGCCACAUACCUCGUAAUUGCUUGCAACUGCCUCCUCCUCAACGGGUUUCAAGGGAAGGAAUUAAAACAAAGGUUUCUGGGUGUAAACCAUCAUCUGGUUCUAAGGAUAAACUAGCAGAAAGUUCAUUACCUCUAGGUGCUUCAACCUCGGUUAAUGGCCCUACUCAUGUUACGGUGAUUAACUCUGUUGAAGCCCCUCCGAUCAAAGCCUCAGGCUCCUGCUCACCUGUUGCCCCUUACCAAGCUGUUAUCUCGCCUUCUCAUGGUGCCUCUGCUCUCAGUUCUAAAAAUUCCUCAACCCCACCUCCUUAUUCCGUGUCUCGUUCUUCUUCUUUUCCGCCUCUUCCUCCUGAUUUUCCCCCUUACUUUGUUGGUCUCCCAGCUUUCAUAACUCCAUCUGGAGAGCCUUAUCCUUAUAGUCCUCCUGACACAAAAACUUUCAUAGUGUGUUGCCUGAGGCUUGGAUUCAGGCCGGAAGCUUUGGGUCUAAUCUCACUUAACUGUGACCAGAUAUCCUCCCUGCUCCAGCCAUUGCUUCACCUACAGAAUGGAUCACUCCCUGUGCGCUAUCUAGGUGUCCCCUUAUGUACCAAGAAACUAAGCAUCAGUAACUGUGAAAUGUUGAUCCACCAAGUCAAAUCAAGGGUUACCUCUUUGAGUGUAAAGUCAUUGUCUUUAGCAGAAAGGCUCCUACUUAUCAAAACUGUGGCAUGCAUUAAGCGCAUCAACUCGCUUUGUAGCGUGUUCCUGUGGAAAGGAAAUAUUGAAAGUCAUCACUCUGCUAGGGUCUCAUGGGAGAUAGUUACAAAAUCAAAGUGCCAAGGAGGUUUGGGAAUUCGGGACUUGUUUACCUGGAACCGUGCUUCAUGCUUUAAGUUAACCUGGCUGCUUUUCUUCCAAGCUGGUUCUGUUUGUGUAGCUUGGUAUAGGCGAGAGGAGUUGAAAGGUUCGCUGAACAUCUUUUGGACUGCAAAAACGAAUAGGAAUUGGUCGUGGCUUGCAAACAAACUGCUUAAGGUGAGAGAUGAUAUUUACCCGUGGAUCAAGUUGCGGGUGGAAAAUGGUCGUAAGUGUAGGUUCUGUCUGACAACUGGUCCCCUUUUGGAAAUCUUGAAUGCUAUCUUCAAGGAAAUCAGAAUAACAGUUAGCUAUCCUUUCGAAUCUGUAAAAUCAUGGGUCUUGCCAUUUGCCUGCUGCACGAUCAGAGAAUCAAGAGAGGAAGACUAUUAUGAAUGGGAAAUAGAUGGGAAAGUGAGCUCCAAAUUCAGUAUAAGUCAGAUAUAUGAGAGGAAUCAGAACUGGUACCUUAGGAUAAUGAGGCAUCCCAAAGCACAACUUUUUAGCUUAGUUGUUGUUUGUUAUGAAUCGGUGUUCGACGAAGGACCGUAUUAUUGGACGGGGGCUAGCUACGGAUCCUUUAUGCCUGCUAUUGAGAGCAGAGAUCAUCUCCUGUUUGAUUGUGAGAAAGUAGCUCGCCGAUGCAAUUUACAACCUUGUCGUGGUUGGAGCUGUUCGAUGUUGCAGAUGCAGAAUCUCACGGGCAGUAAACUGACGAAGCGGCUCACUCUUCUGGGAUGGCAAGCUUCGAUCUAUUGGAUUUGGAAUGAGCGGAACGGACGAUUACACCAGCAAAUCUAUCGUACCUAUGAUGGGAUCUUCCUUCUCAUUGACCGUCAGAUUCGUAACAGAAUUGCAAGCUAUAGGGCCAAUAAUCCAACUCUCUCCUCACAGCUACUCCAACUAUGGCUUUCGACAGAAUUAUCUCAGUGA